AUGGGUGAGCCGCGCCUGAUCAAACAUUUCAAUGAUUACGAUUUGUAUUUGAGAAAGGCCAAAGUCAAAUUCGAACAUAGAUAUAAUAAAGAGUUUGUAGAAAAUGCAAAGUUGGACGACUUCAUACUGCUCCGGACUUUGGGCGCAGGCGCCUUCGGCAGAGUUAUAUUAGUUAAGCACAAAGCAAAACCAGGAGUAGCAUACGCCAUGAAGUUGAUGGAAAAGGCCAAUAUCGUCAAGACAAAGCAGGUGGCACACACAAUGUCUGAAAUCCGUAUCCUGGAUGCUGUCAAGUUCGAUUUUCUUGUUGGUCUCGAGUUUUUCUUUAAGGACAACGUCUAUCUGUUCAUCACUAUGCAAUUCAUCAACGGAGGUGAAAUGUUUACCCACCUCAGAACCGUCCGCAAAUUCGACGAAGAGACCGCCAAAUUCUACGGAGCCCAAGUUUGCCUGGCCUUCGAGUACCUGCAUUACUUAGGAUUGAUCUACAGAGAUCUCAAGCCCGAGAACAUACUGAUCGACAAGGACGGAUAUUUGAAGAUCACCGAUUACGGUUUCUGCAAAAAAGUGGACGAUGCCAGGACCUACACACUUUGCGGUACUCCUGAAUAUCUGGCUCCCGAGGUGAUUUUGAGUCAGGGUUACAAUAAGUCUGUGGAUUGGUGGACGUUUGGUAUUUUGAUAUUCGAGAUGACGGCGGGAUAUACUCCCUUUUUUGCCAACGAUCCCAUGAAGUUGUACGAGAAGAUUGUUAAUGGAAAGUUUAACUUUCCUGGACACUUUACAAAACCACUCAAGGAUUUGGUGUACAAUAUACUUCAGGUGGACCGGACGAAAAGGUUCGGGAUGAUGAAAGAUGGUUCCAAAGACAUCAAAGCACACGAAUGGUUCCGUUCCUUGGAUUGGGAGAAUGUCCUAAUGAGAAGGGUAAAGCCCAGUUAUAAACCCAAACUGACUGGUGCCGACGAUGCCAGUAAUUUCGACAAAUACGAUGAAGAACCUUUGAGGAAGGCUUCAAAAAACGAAUAUCCGAACGAAUUCUGCAAGAUCGCCGUAAAAUAG